GCCUACCUUCAUGCCACAUAGAAAACUACCUAGCCAGGUAUUGAACGAAGGGUGUGUAGUAUUUUUAGACAAAACAUGGGGACGGGCUGAAACCGCCACUGUCAGCUUGCAGGACACUUGUGAGGAUUUGUGACCAUUUGUAAACCCCACCCACAACAAUAGACCCCAGGGUCGGGAUUGGAAGGCGUCAAGAUGUGGUUUGUAGCGGGGACUCUGCUUCUGUCUGUAGGAUGGCUGUCAGCGCAGAAAGUCUGCAACACCAACUCUUACUGCAUGGACAACAAUGUAGCUGUUUUAAACACAACGAAUCACAGAGCAGACAGUCACUACUAUAUAGGAGGAUUAUUUGGGGUUCACGAACGGGGGACAAAUGCCUAUAGGUGUAGUGAUAACAUUAGAUUCAGAGGCCUACAGAACAUGAUGGCCUUUUUCUGGGCAAUAGACUACUUUCAACGCAAAUUAGAUCUCAGAGAGCCUAACGGCAUCAAGGUUAAUAAUAGGAUAUCUAUUGGAGGCGUAGCUUUUGAUAACUGUUUAAGAAAAGAAGAAGCUAUAGAGAAUAUUAUGGCUUUUCAGCAAUGUAAAGUGAUGCCUAGCGAUGUUGAUCGUAGACAACUGAUGGCUUAUGUGGGUCCGGAUACGAGUAGCGAGGCUAUGCCCGUGGGAGAACUACUCAAAGACAUGUACUUGACGUCGAUAAGUCAUGCCGCCACAAGCACUGCACUCAGCGAUGUUAGUAACUACCCAUACUUCCUCAGAACUGUUCCAUCAGAUAAAACGGACGCAGAAGCUAUUGCCGCCAUUUUGAAGUCUAUGCUGAAAACAGAAUUCGUACAGCUCGUCUUCCAGGACGAUUCAUUUGGCAGGGCAAGCGCCGAAGUUUUCAAAGAAGAAGUUGCGAAACGAAGUAUAUGCAUAGUGCAGACUAUUUCUACUUCAGAAGAUUCCCAGACAAUCAUCGACAAACUGAUGGACAAGAGUUCUGUGAGGUACGUCGUGGUGUUUGGAUCUGCGAGCACGGCGAAACGGAUCCUUAGGGCAGCUGAGAAUGAUCAGCCACCUGGGAACUCACGACCAUCUGCCAAACACCUGCUCGUCUUUCUCGGAACAUCCUCCUGGGGAACCAACACAGACGUGCUCGACCAGACGGUAACAGCAGCCAACAACAGCAUCGUCCUGUAUCCCGCCAUAGACCAGACCUUCCAGGAGCAUGUUAGAAACUUUACGGAAUACUGGAGACAGCUGAAGCCCAACAACGUUGUCCAGACACCGGGCUCCAACAACGAGUGGUUUGUCCGAUACUGGGAGAAGGAAUGGGGUUGUAAGGUGAACUCCAUUGGCAGCGAUAAAUGCGAUCUUGAUAAACAGUCUAUGAAAGAUACUCACAUCGAUACCUAUAUUCCAUUUGCAAUAAUCGCAGUGCAGUCGAUUAUUCAAGGCGUGUUUGAUGCAUCAGUUGCAAACUGUAGCAGAUAUAAUCUUUGCUCAGGUUUAAUGGACAAGCCAAGCCGAGGCUGGACUCUCCAUAGGGCAAUAAAGGGUUUCCGGGUUGGAAAACGGUAUUUUAAUUCCAGACCAGACAGCGGUGACGUGUCCUCGGACUUCUCUAAAUAUGAAGUGCACCAAGUUGUUAAAGGGACGUAUAAAAAGCGUUUUGUAUGGUAUCCUGAUGAUCCAAUGAACAGAGACUUCAGUACACUCUUUGACAUGAGAUACUAUCCUGGAACGACCUGCCCGCCACCCUGCAACCAGUGUAAACGCGUACAAACGACACUACCGCCCAGACAGAUAUCCACAACCACAACCACAGAAAUGACCACAACAAUGACCAUGGACCCAACGGAAGGAGGGAAAUACAUCUUCUUUCGAUUCCCGAGAGACCAGGAGAUGACCGGUGCCUAUCCUUCAUCAUCCAUGAGCAGUGACCGAGACAUGAUACAGAUGCGGUUCAACAUUGGCCAGAAAUGGGUCAUUGCUCUUAUUGUCCUGGCAUGUCUGGGAAUCUUUGCUGUCCUCGUCUUUGAGGCGUACAUCGUCUACAAGAUGUUAAUUCGGGGUCACAGACAACAAUGGCGGACCAUGUGGCUGGGCCAGCUGCUUCUCCUGGGCAUCCUCCUUUGCUACCUGACUCUCUUCGCCUAUAUACCGGUCCCCACCAAGGCAACGUGUGGAAUCACCAGGUUUGGAGUUGGCGUGUCUUACGCCUUCUGCUUCGCCGUCCUUCUGGUAAAGCUGAUGGUCAUCCUGACAUCCAAGAGCUCUGAGCCAUCUUUGCUGCCGGGCGAUAUUGAGUCGCCCAACUAUCUGAGAGGAAUCUACCAGGUCUUCAUGUUCCUGUUUGCACUGGGAGUCCAGGUUGUCAUCGAUACACAGUGGCUGAUCACCAUACCACCAGAAGCCAUCCAAGUGUAUACCAACAAUGGAACAAUGGAAUGGAUCUGUAACCACUACACGUGGUCCGCCAAUGAUGGUUAUCUCAACAUGACGACGUUUGUCCGCACCGAGUUCGAGAACCAUCUGCUGUCUCUCGUCUACAUCAUGUUUCUCAUCCUCAUCACCACGCUGCUGGCCCUCAACGCACACGGCAUCAUCACCAAUCACAGGGAGAGCAUCUUCAUCGGAAUAGCAGCAGGCUUCAGCAUCCCAAUCUGGCUGGCGUGGACUCUGCUGGGUGGGCUGACAAAGGACCAGAAGAUGGCACAUGAGUUUGGUGAUGCCUGCCUGGCAUUUGGACUCUUUCUCACCACGACACUCAUUCUGUUCUCAAUGUUUUUACCUAAGGUGCGACAGCUAGUGAACAUGGGAGUGGAAGGAAUCUACUUUGAGGAUGACCAAGAGACUUACUACGCCGGAUCGGUGAUCGUUCCUCCCAGCUACAAGAGCAGACAGAGCUCGGGGAUCUACGUGAACAGCCAGGGGAUAUACUCAGAACCUGUCAUCCUGGGAAACGGAGACCUCUCUGCAUCCCACACGCGUCAUACUGGGUCAAGUUUGCAUGGUGGCUCUAACCCCCACUAUUACAAGAAGUCACAGUCAGAAUAUGCCCCUCAUAGCAAGGUGUUACGCGUGACCCCUGAUCUCACUGGAAAACAUACAGACCGACGGACGCAAUCAGAGAUAGCAUAUGGGAAUAGAUCAGCUAAAGGAACAUUAAAACGAUCCAGAUAUGGCUCACAGCAGAACCUUGGUGCACUGUAAAAUAGGAAUCUUUCAACACAUAUUUAAACUGGCCAACCAAUCAGAAAGAUGCUAACAUACUUUGGACCAAUGAAAAAUCACAAACCUUCCUGUCAGUACAUAAUUGUGUGUAAAUAUGUGUACAUAACACCGUUAGGUUCUACUAUAGUGUUGGGAUGUUAUGCAUGUUUCAUCAUUAAACAUUUCAAUCAUAAUCAACUGAUGGAAUCAUUACUAAACUUAUGUACCUAAUACAUUUCAGGGAUUUAACUAGGAAGAAAGGCAGGGACUAAUUGCCUACUAUUAUAAAAAAUACAGAAAAGUGUACUAGACUUCUAGUUUAGAAGUGUCCUUUGUGUACAGCUGGAAAAUACCCUACAUGUAUACCAUAAUGUGCCCCAUUCAUUUCGUACUGCCAGCCUACUUACUUUAAAUCGUCUGCUUUUUAUACAUGUGUAAAGAAAUAUAUUUUCAAUUUAAUCUAAAUGUUUUACUUCAUCUUGCACUAAUUGAAGCUUAUUUCCAACCUGCAAUACCUUUUUUAAAUAAUGAAAACAUUUGGAUUAUGAGGACCCACAACACCACAUUACACACAACUGGAUGGUAUCAUUUACCAUCAUAUAUUCGCAGCCGAUUCCAAAUGCAUUUAAUAAUCAACUUCAGAUUGCUCAAACAUUUUCACAAUAGGUAUCAGUGUGUUGCUUAUAAAUAUAUACAUAUUAUUAACUCCUGUAGAACUUUGAAAGAAAAAAAUAUAUAUAUUGAUAGCAGGCAUGUGUGCAGGGCUUUUAGCAAGGGGUUGAGGUCUAGACUAUGGCAACUGAAGACAGGGAGGCAGAGUCAUGCUCCCCGGGAAUAUAUUGAGAAAAAAGAAAAUGUGCUUGAGCAGGGAGGAAUUUCGAUCCCAGACACUGUCCCCCUGCACAUGUGCUUGGAUAGCUCCCUUUCCAAAAUAUCUGGGUAGAAUGCUAAUAAAAUAUCUCUUGCUGCCAUUUGGAGUAGUCUAUGUGGUGGCAGCUGAUUUCCAGUUACACUAAAUAGCCCAAAUUUAUACAGUUAAAUCUCUCAAAACUGGACCCUUUGUAAACCAGAAUUACUUCAAAACCACAUGUUUUGUGUUUCACUGUAUAUAUAUAUAUAUAUAUAUAUAUAUAUAUAUAUAUAUAUAUAUAUAUAUAUACAGUCAAACCUGUCCUAGUGGCCACCUGUAUUCAGUGGUAACCUUCCUUAAGUGGCCACUUUUUUCUCUCCCGAAUGAUUUAUAACGUAAAUGCACCUGUAAUAAGCGGUCACCUGUCUAACACGGCCAGCGGCCACCCAAAUCGCUAAAAGACCUAUAUUAAGCGGCCACAGUAAAUGUUUACUAUUAUAUAAAAGGGAUAUUUAACAACAGCGAUAAGAUGCAGCAAAUAACAGAUUUUCACACCUUCAGGAAUACUAGCACCCAUUCAGUCCCGACAUCUCAACUGUGUAUCAAUUAAGGAAGUAUGACUAUGGAAAGCAUCUAAUUGCCCCUGGGCAGGUUACGCUUGACAUUUGUAGAUUCACUUUCUAUGACAAUACACUGCAUGAAGUAGAAAUUAAAUAAUUAAAUGGAAAGAGAAAACAAACUUGUUGAGAAUGGUUAAUUUAAUACAUUCCAGCUGCAGUUUUUCCUGAAGGAGGCGACAUGUCAAAAGUUUAUUUAUAGUAAACUGUGAAGCACACAUCCAUUAAUUAACAGUAAAGAUGCUAUAACAAGAAACAACAGCAUAUGUUUUAAAGACUAUAUGUCGCAACCUGUAAUCAGUGGCCACCUGUCUUAAGCGAUUUAUCUACUCCCUUGUGUGACCGCUUAAGACAGGUUUGACUGUUCAUAUAAAUAUAUAUAUAUAUAAGCAUAAAGCCACAGAUCAAAUGUGGUGAGGUGUCUUUAAACAAGUAUUAAUAUCCUUUGAACACUACAAAGGUCAACCUACUAAGAAUUAUUGAAAAGAAGAUGGAAAGAUAUUGCUGUAUUUCAUAUAAAUUUCUUAAUAAGACCUAUAUCUUAAACUGGACUUUAAGCACACUGAAUGGUGUGGUGACUUAAAAAUUAAUAAUGUUGGUAAAAUAUUCAUAUUGAAAAAUGUUGGGCGAGGCCUUAAUAUAGACUAAUGCCUGUUGGCCAGUCCCCAGUCCAUUAAUUUUUUGAAUGGCAAUAAAUAUUGUGUAAGCCCAGAGGCAGAUCUAGGGGGAGCCCAGGGGCCCGGCCCCCCCACCCCCAUAAAUUUUGUGACAGUUAUAAUUUUAUUAUAUAUUAAUUUUCAUUUUUUUAUGAUCCCCUCCAAAACUCCCCCAAAGUUCCAUCGGCAUUCCACCUCAUGUCAUUGCCCCCCCCCCCCCCCCCCCAAAAUUGAUUUUCUGGAUGCGCCACUGAAGCCAAUAACGAAAACACAUCAGUGAAUGAACAUAAUGAAAUCAUCUUCAUGAUGAUUGUAACUAAAUACUGCUGCUCAUGUUAUGUUCAUUACAUUGAUAAAUAAAAUAUUAAUAUUAAUAAAACUGUAAAAUUCCUGACAAUGUGAGUCAGAGUACCUGUUGAAAGUAAAUGGACAAAUGUAUUUUAACAUUUACCAAAGUUUUAGUUUCUCAGUGAAACCAGUGUGCAUGUUAAUGAAGUAUAUGAAUAUGUAUAAAAUAGUUUACAGAGGUUAAAUACAUGUAGAGUAUAUUUGUUUAUUUCAUAGUCUUAGCUGUACAGGUGUAUACAUUAGCUCUUGUUUUAUACCAGGUACCAAUAUAUGUGUAAUUGUCUAUGUUAUAUGAAUAAAUAUCUAUUAUUUUUCAAA